AGAACAAUCCCUGUUUAACCGGACCGAUUAAGCUCGCGAUCCAGAUUAAUCGGAAAUAGCGUCGAUGCAAUUUCAAAUCGUGCAACAACCUCCGAAAAGACCGAUCGACCAUUCAUCCCUAGGAAGGAUUUCACUGCCGCUUCCCGUUAAUCGAUUAAACGUUCUAGGAUCACCGAAGUGACACGUAAAACCCGUGUCCUGAGCCUGGAACUCGAUGGACAAGGAAGAACGAGUCUCUCGUCACCGAUCGACGAGAGUGGAGGGAUGUUUGGCUGGUGGGGGUGGCUGGCAUAGAAGGGGAAGAUGGCGGGCGUGGGUGGAAGGGAAGAAGGAAGCUGGCGGCGAAGUGGCCGCGGACUAAUUCGAAAAAUAAGUCUCCACGAGCGACAAGCACACUUGACCGAAGCACGCUCGCCGCGGAAGGGUGCACGCGGCCCUCUCGAGCGCUGCCGAGUGACAAUUAAUAAACGCGACGCGUCGUUUCAGCGCGAUUCUUCCUCCUCUGUAGGAGAAUCUGGCCAACGGGUCGGCCAGUCGAGUCGUGGCUACCAUCGAGCGUGGGCUGGGUAGAAAAACCCUUGAUUCGAGUCGGUGACGAGGGUUUGCCGAACAGAGGAUCGAACGAAAGAGAAUAGAGAUCGAUCGGGCUGGACCGCUGUUCGACAAAGGAAUAAACCGAGGUAGUGAACGAUGUCGGAGAAACGUGGCCGAUGAAAGUGCGAAGAGGAUGUGAAACGAUGGACAUCGAAGGAAUACGAUCGUCGAACUUGUGAAAAUAUAAUAUAGGCAAAAGACAAAGUGCGCGGGAAAUCGAGAGACUUUUCUGGUAGUAAGAUUCGAAGAGAGCUGUCUGCGGGAAAUCGAGCUCGGUACGAGAAAGUAGAAGAGAUGUCGGAUAUCGUGGAAGACGACAAACGGAGCGAAGCUUCCCCGAAACCGUCUCAAUUAACUCCCUUCAGUAUCGCCGAUAUCCUGAGUAGAAGAACCUCGUACACGGAACGACGACCUUCGGAGUCGGAAGAAGCGCAAGCUGUAGCGUCGUUCGCGAAGAAAUCCCAUCAACGCGACUACGAUUGUUUGGAGAACGGCCACAGGGAAACUCGAUCGGAGGAUCGUAAUCAGAUGGCCAGAUUCUCGAGGCUACCUUCGCCGGAUCUCAACGUGGCCCGCGAACUCGACAUCCUGACGAGGAACCUGGUCCACGCGAAUAUCUCCAACUUUGGAAAUAUUCCACACUUGGCUCAGGGAACGUUCAAGCAUCUGGAGAGCCUGGGCAACAUGGGUGGUUAUCAGCCGGUGAAGGAUUCGAGGGAUUCUUCGCAGAGGCAACAGGACGAGGCGUUGGACAUGAGCAAGAACAAAUAUUUGGAGGACGGGGAGGAAGACAUGUUCGAGGCGCAGAAUCACGGACAGAAUCUGCAGAGCAGGAAGAAACGUAGCAGGGCGGCCUUCUCUCACGCCCAGGUUUACGAAUUGGAGAGAAGAUUCGCGGCGCAGAAAUACUUGUCGGGGCCCGAGCGAGCGGACCUUGCGCGAGGACUCAAGCUGACCGAGACUCAAGUCAAGAUUUGGUUCCAAAACAGACGGUACAAGACCAAAAGACGACAGCAGCAGGAGCUAGGCGCGCUGGUUAAUUCCGGAAACGCGAGGCGCGUGGCGGUACGAGUGCUCGUGCAUCCGGACGAGCAUCUGAGGGGAUUGCCACUUCGUGGUUCCGGGCAACUUCCCGGGCAAAUGUCAGCCCCGCAAAUUCAUCCGGCGAACAAAGCGCUCGGCGGUUUCCCGUACUACUGUCUCCCCUAUCAUCCCUUGCUAUGCCCGCCCCUUCACUCCACUCACAUUCAGGUGCAAAACACGAUCGCGCCGGACCUCGACCCGAGCCAGCUGGCGAAACUCAACGACGAGAAGUAAAGCGAAAAUUUCGCCAUUUCGCUAGGAUCGAGAACGAGAGUGUCGUUGGUUGAUCGAUUCGGUGAACCGCGGCUCCGAGCUACCGCCAAGUCGUCCAGCGUUCAUCGUGCACACCUAUCGCGUUAUCUCUACCGAAUCAAAGUUUCCAAAGAAGUUUUAGAUCGUGUAAUUCUCGGAUCGCGAUCAAACUAGUCCGUUUCAAAGUGCUCGAUUCUCUCGCUACCUUUUUUUUUUUUUUUUUUUUUAU